AUGUACUCGCCAGAUAUUGCAGAUAGAUAUGAUUUUACAGUUAAUUAGUUUGAGUUUAAAAAGAAAUGGUUAGAAGAUAUACAAGUAAUUAUGAACGAGAGAGCAGACGUAGAAUUAGCAUAUUCAAAAAGUUUAGUAAAGGUAGCUAAUUUAUGCGAGAAGUAUUCAUAAAAGAAUAAUUUAGAGAAAGGAGUAGCUUCUAUAGUUAUGAGUGUUCGCUCUGUAGUACUUACUUAAAGUGAAUAAGCAGCAUAUUAUGCUUAGCAAUUAAAGACUGAUGUAGUCAAUACAUUAAAAAGUGGAAUCAAGAAAUAAUAAGAUGAUCUUCGCAAUCUUUAGCAAAAAGUAUUGUUUCUUAAAACAGAGUUAAAUAGGAACCUUCAAGAUUUAGAGAGACAGAAAUAGGAAUAUUACAAAAAUUUUAAGCUAAUGCAAAAGAGUAAAGAGUAAAUACUAUCUUUGCAGCUACCAGAAAGCAAUCCAAUAAUGGCAGUACUUCAAGAGAAUGAAAGACUCUUGUAAUCAAAUUCUAAAAUUAUUGAAGAAUCUGUUUUGAGAUUUAAUGUUUUUCUUGAUUAAUACUUCACUGAAAUAGUUUAAACUAGCAAAAUUUAAGAUUAAAUGGAAGAUUAUCGAAUAGAACUAAUUAAAGAUUCUCUUCUUAAAACACUCGUAUAUUAAAUAUCAGCUAUGAAAAAUGUAGAAUAUGACACAAACUAAGUGUCUAAAAAAAUAGAAAAUUAUGUUAGAGAAGAUCCAAAGCCUAUGUUUGUAGAAUUUUAAGAUAGGAUGAUGUUGAGCAAGUUGAAUUUUGCAAAUUAUAUAUCUUAUGUAGAAACUGAAUGCAUUUAUCCUCAUAUAGAUAAAUUCAUUUAAAAACCAGAUUCUAAUUAAUUUGAAUCCAUGGAAAUUAACAAAUCUUUAAAAAAAUUUAUCGAGUUGUUUGCAUAAAAAAAAUACUAUUAAAACUCAGCAAACUCACCUGUGAAGAAUAACCAAUAAAGCCAGAUUGCCUCAAAAAAUUAAGAAAACGUUUAGCAAUAAGACAAUUAUUAUAAAAAACUUUUAGAAGGAAUAUUUAGGAAUUAAAUGUAUUUGGAUAACAACACAAUAAAAAAAUUUAAGGAUGUAAUAGAUUAGAAUGAGAGGGAAUUGAUAUUAUUUACUAUAGCUUUGCAUGAAUUUAGUAUGCUUGAAAAAUUGGAGAAAGAUAUUUUUCAUGAGAAGUCAAUGAGUGACUUAAUUUUCUUAGUUUCUCAUGUAUUCGACAAGAUUGAAUAGACAAAGGAAUCUGAUGUUGUAGAGAGGUGCUUUUUUAGUUUUUUGAAAAUUUGUUGCACUUAUGUUCAUGAUUAAGAAAAGCAGUAGAUAUUUAUAGAGAGCUUGCAGCAACAUAAGAUUCUUUCAACAAAAGAUUUCUGGGUUCAAGAUACUACUAAGAAAAUUAACUAAGCAUUUUAGCGAGAUUAUGGAAAAAAUUAAAUUUCGAAGCCAAGACAGGCCGAAUUUUAGUUAAAAAUGGAUAUAUCGAAAUGGAAGCAGAUGAAGUUUUCAUAGGAUUUAUCAAUAAGUAUAUUAAAUGAAAUAGCCUCAAACUUUAGAUUAGAGGAAGAAAAAAGAUAAUUUUUUGAAAAUGUCAUUUUAGAUAAAGAGAAAAUAAUUAAAAAACCUAUUUUUGGUGAAAGUAACAAUUUAAUGAAAAAAAGAGAAAUGUUAAAACCGCUCGAUGAUAAAAAUAAUUUAUAAGAAGAAAUUAAUAAACAAGUUUAAGAUUAACUAAUUUAAAAGCAAGAUUCAAAAUAAAAUGAAUUAGAAAAUUAAGAUGAAUAAAAGGAAAAGUAGCCCAUAAUAAAUAAUAAAGAAGAAAAAUAAGAACAGCUUAAAGAAAAAGAAAUGUCUUCUUCCAUUCAAUAAUAAAUUUAACAAGAUUAAAUAUGA